UUCGUCAUGGCAAUGCUGAGAAGUCUUCUGCUGCUUUUCGUUAUCUGCUCCAUGGGGAAUGCAGAAGAAGGAUGCCCACUUGAAUGGACCGAUUCUGGACUCAGGUGCUACAAGUACUUCUCUCAAUCGGUUACCUGGAUUACAGCAGAGAGAAACUGUCAAACUCUCGGUGCGAAUCUCGCAUCUGUGCAUGAUCAACCAGAGAAUGAUUUCCUGCUGAGUCUGUUGCCGCCUUCCACAAGAACUUGGGUUGGUGCUCAUGAUGGUGAACAAGACGGAGAGUGGUUGUGGAGUGAUGGAUCUGUGUAUGACUAUACCAACUGGUGCUCUGGAGAACCAAACAAUGCUGUUGUUCCUGAGAACUGUUUGGAGAUCAACUGGACCUAUAACCGUUGCUGGAAUGAUGCUCCCUGUUCAACAUCAAUGAACUAUAUUUGUGUAUUGGAUAUUAAUUAUGAUCUCACGCGUGGUCGGAGAUGGUAA